AUGUCUGGCUACCAGCCGACCUACGUUCCUGGUGAUGGAUCGCCCUCUGGGGGCCAGAACCCGGAAUCUCCUUGGUCGACGGCGCAAACUCUCGACCUGAAGACUAAUGUCAACCGCCAGAAGACCAAGCGGUGGGUGAAUGCAAAGAAAUACUCCUAUGCCGGCGAUGAUUGGGGUGACAGCGAGGACGACGAGGAAGAAGAUCAGCCCAGUACGACGACUGCUGCGGAUGCUCAGUCGCCUAACAUCCUCAGACCCGCUGAUAUAUACAAACGGCUGGCAGAAGAACGAGAGAAAGACCAGUCAGGGAGCCCUGCAGAGGCAGCCGGCGCGCCGUCUGGUUCGAUUAUUGCCGCUCAGAAGACUGCUCAACUGCCAGAAGCAUCGCGCCCUCCGGCCGGCCCCGAGAGCAGUGCUGCAUCGACACAGAUGCCAAAUGCUCACCCAGAACCUCCCAUAGGCCAGCUACCCGAGUUGCGGCGGCUCUCUGGGUUCGAUGGGUUCAUGGGGAGUGGUGAUGAGUUGGGGACAACAACUGCAGAUGUACAGCCUCGAGAGCCCCUCACAGAUCGGGUUCCUACUAUCAGAGAGGAACACGUAGGAGAUAAUGAGCCGUCCUCUACUUCAGCUCAUAAUGCCACUCCAACUCUCUCCCUUUCCUCUCCAGAGCCAACAGACCAAACGACAGUCACGCCUACUGAACAUGGCCAGGGUGAUCACACCCCUUCUGAUCACCGCAAAUCAACAGCACUUGACAGCCCAGAUACCGUAGAUGCAACAGGCCUGGGCGACACUGAGCCUCACGCGCCGUCCCUCCGAGAACGUAGCACCAUCUCGGAAGAUGAUUCAGAGGGACACGCCGCAGCGCUGGACGUCUCACCCCUUAGCAUGAGCAAACGAAGCUCGAUAGACCCGAGCACUGUUCCUAGCACUAUGGCAGACCCAACAGAUGCAGCCCUACCCAGAGAGCACGACGGCUUCCAGCAGAACGAGAAAGCUGACCUUGCUCCCGCUGUUACUUCCCCGGAGGCAAAGCAAUAUCCCUCCACACAGUUACAGGACAACCCAUCUCCUCUGGGCAUGGAGCCUCCUCGUACCACCAUUACCAUCCCUCAUUAUAAUCCCCAGCCCAGCUCCUAUGAGCAACAACAGCCUGAAAGACAACUGAAAAAGAAGUUCUCCUGGGAAGCUGACUCUGAGGAGAGCGACAGAGACCAAGCUCUGUCUCCGCUAUCGCCUGUUUCAGCUACCCUAACUCCAGGGGCGUUGGUCAUAAAUAAACAACCUACAGGCACUGAAAAUGAGCCCUCCAGCCUUAGUGCACAGUUUCCCCAGCCCCCCUCUGCAGAACCCCCACAGAACACUGCCGUGGCGGAGACGCAGAGGGAAACAGACUUAGCGAAGAGCCAAAGCCCUCCUCACUCUGUUGCAUUCCAAGGUCAGCCAUCCGUUCCACCACCGGACGCUGAUAGGAGUAACUCGCCUGUCUCAAACCAAAAAGCCCCGGAGUUCCGUGAAAUAACAAGCAUCCCUCAGCCUACCCAGCGGAUAGCGGCCUUCAAUAACGCCAGGAACGUCUAUGCAGACACAGACACAGGCCUGGAUCGAUGGAUCAAGCAUGUAGUGGAUACCGGCCACCCCGAUAAUGCAGAGACUAUCCAACGAAAUGGCGUAGCCCCGGCAGACUCCAACGCCGCUCAUAGGCCUGUUCCAUCCCAGGCAAAGUUUCCCAAGUUGUCGUCUCUCGGUAAUAUAUCCUUACCAACUAGGCACCAUGACGGGUCUGGCCCUACUCAUGGCCACGUUCGCCAGAGUUCGGGCGUCCCCCUAAGCGGAAUGAUGAAUACCCAGCAUGUCCAGGCAAAGGGAAAAGACCUCCUUCACUCUGCAGGUGUCUUGGGCGGUAAGGCUGGCGACGCAGCAAAGGGCCUCUUCGCCAAAGGCAGGAGCAAAUUCCGAUAUAGCGGAAGUGCCGACAAGGUAGAUACCUAG